GAUAAACCGAAUCUUUCCCCUGCUUCAAUCCCGGCCCGCGCACUCUUCCCGCCCCGAAAUCGCACGAAACCCAGCCAAUCGGCCGCCCCUACCCCCACCCAGCACGGGCGCGGAGGCAGCCAGCCGGACCCGAUGGACCACCGCCGCGGGCGCGGGGCGGCGGUUCCAAUCUCCCACCCAAAUGCCCCGGAACUCCCGUAGUCCGCACCGAAAAACCCACCGGGUCGCACGCCAGCCAAGCUUGCCAAAAACAUCGAGCCGUCCGCCCGCGCCGCUCGGCUCCCCAACCGCCCAGCUCCCCAUCCCCGUCACAACUUGACCCAAGGCGCUGGGCGAAACCGGCCGCAACCCCCCGCCUCCCCCUAGCUGCCGCCUUUCGCGCCGCGCCGCGCCGCGCCUCCCCUCUCGGCUUGACCACCGCCACCCGGACUAGUCCACCGUCCGCCAUGGCGGGGGAAGACCCGGGCGGCGGCGGCGGCGGCGGCGGCGACGACGACGACGACCCGUGCCCGUUCUGCGGCGGCGGGGGCGGGUUCCCCGCGCGCGUGACCCUGGCCAAGCGGAAGCUGCCCGCGGAUGCGGGGGUUAGAGCGCGUGUGGGGCCCGACGACGAGGCGGCUGCGCUGCGGGAGGCCGUGGCGCGCCAGCGCCACGGGAUCGCGGAGCUGCAGGAGGAGCUCGAGGCGGAGCGCGGCGCGGCCGCGGGCGCCGCCAGCGAGGCCAUGUCCAUGAUCUUGCGCCUGCAGCGGGAGAAGUCCGAGGUCAUGAUGGAGGCCCGCCAGUACCGGCGGUACGCGGAGGAGCGGUUCGCGCACGACGCCGCAGAGGUGGCGGCACUCCACGACGCGGUGGAGUGCCGGGACGCCACGGUGCGGUCGCUCUCAUCGCAGCUCCGGGCGUGCCGCACGCGGCUCCUCCACCUCGGUUUCCCCUCCCCGUCGUCCCUACCCUCGUCCCCCACCGCCGCCGCCGCAGGCCGCCAGGACCACCCCUUCGCUGCUGACGACGACGACUACCCUUCGAUCCAGUACCUCGACCAUCCCUCGUCCGCCGACGUGGGCACCCCGCGCACCCACCACCUGCUCAACAGAAUGCCCGGCCAGGAAGACGAUAAGGGAGUCAUCUGCGGCUCACCGCGGCGCUCGCGUCAUGCUCGCACGCUCUCUGGUGACAGCUUCUCGUAUGAUUGUGGAAUUGCCUUGGCUGAUGAGUUCCCUCUCUUUGCGGACCGGGACGCGCCAGAUCGGGACGAGAGUGACCGGGUGUACACAGUGGACGCCGUGCAUGGUGUGCCGGUAAUGGCGCCGUGGGCUGAGGAGGAGAUAGAGAUACAAAAGCUCAAAGCGAGGUUGCAGGCUCUGGAAGCAGACCGGGAGUCGAUGCGGCAUGCCAUCGUGUCCAUGGGCGAUGAGAAGGCACAGGUUGUUUUGCUCAGGGAGAUUGCGCAACAGCUCUGCAAGGAGGCAGCGCCAUUCCCAGCUGUUCCGCUGAAGGUGCAGCCAAGGCCGCAACCAGUUGUGGUGGCACAGAGGAAGGUGGUGAAGAGGCAGUCUUUCUUCGCAAAGUUCUUCAUUGUAACGGUGAUCAAGUGGAUUGCGUCUAUCUUUUGCUGGCGAAGGAAAUCAAAUCGCAUUAGGUACCCCAUCGGUCUGUGUGGAAGCAAUGUCGGAUUGAUGCUGGUACUGGACAGGUACCCCAAACAGAGGCGCCAAAGAUUCCUCAAAAGAGGUGCUGCCACUGAUUGAUCACAUGCUGAUGGUGCCUCUGCCCUUCUCUAGCUCAGAUGAGCUAUUUUCUGAACAUAAAGCUCAUUUGUUUUGUGAAGAUGCAGUCGUUCUUGGAUAUCUUUUUACCCCUUUGUGUACGCAUUCUUUGGUUUGUUUUGGUUUGGUGAUCUAGUUAUAAAGUGAAGUCUCUCUUAUUUGCCUUCUCUUCUGCUGCCUCCUUUUGUAUACAUAUUCUUCUUGGUGCUGUAGGGUUAAAGGAUGCAUUGUAAAUAACCGCUAACCAGUUGAAGCAUUAGCAGUAGUUCUGUUUUUCCA